AUGUUCUCCUCCCUCAUCUUGCCCCUCCUCCUAGCCGCCUCCUCGACCAGCAGUACGCCGUUGAUCUCGUCGACAGUCUCAACAUCAGCCAUCGGGGACGAGAGCAUAGCGGCACGACCGUUGAAGGGCCGCUUCAUACACAUUACCGACGUCCAUCCCGAUCCGUUCUACCGGACAGGCGCGAGUGAGGACGAGGCCUGUCACUUCAAGGAGAAGAAAAAGAAGAAGAAGAAGAAGAAGGGCAAGGGGAAGAAGGGCAAGGGAAAGGCUUUUGGAACGGAGGGAUGGUCUGUCGCGGACGGAAUCGAGGCGGACGACGAGGAUGAGGUGGAUGCGCUGGUCAAGCCGGACGGAGCCCGAGAUGCAGGAUACUGGGGUCUUCCAGUCAGCGACUGCGACACGCCUCUCUCGCUCGUCAACGCCACCUUCGACUGGCUGGAGAAGCACUUUAAGGGCGAGGUGGAUUUUGUCGUUUGGACGGGGGACAACGCUCGACAUGACAUCGACUCGCGACUACCGCGCUCGCUACCCGAGAUCUUCGACCUGAACCGCUUCGUAGUCGACCGGGUCCGGUCUGCGUUCGGCAAGGACGUCCCUAUCGUCGCGAGUAUCGGCAACAACGACAUCUACCCGCACAACGUCCUCGCUCCUGGUCCCAACAAGAUCACCUCGGAGUACCUCUCAAUCUGGCACUCGUUCAUCCCGGAGCACUUCCUCCACACCUUUGCGCGCGGCGGCUACUACUCGGUCGAAGCGAUCAAAGGCGACCUGCUCCUCGUCUCGCUCAACACGCUCUACUUCUACAGCCGCAACUCGAUUGUCGACGGAUGUCCGCCGUUCGACGAGGAUCUUGCGCUUUGGCGCACCGAGGGCGCGGAAGCGAACGCCUCGAGUCGGGCGUACCUCGAUCCGUCUCUUCACCCUUCCUCAGCCGCCGCCUCCUCGCUCUUCCAAUCUUACAUCUCCUCACUCACCUCCUCCUCCUUCUCCGAGAACGUCCGCGACAUCGACCCGGGAACCGAACAACUCCUCUGGCUCGAACAACAACUCACGCUCGCCCGCGCGCGGGGGAUGCAAGUUUGGUUGACGGGACACGUGCCUGCGACGAAGGACAACUGGUACGAGGGGUGUUAUCAGAGGUAUGCGGAGUUGGUGCUGGCUUGGCAGGAUACGGUCGUCGGGCAACUGUUCGGGCACAUGAACGUCGACUUUUUCAGCUUCCUCCAAGACUCGGACACCUCGCAACCCGCCCGCUCCGCCUGCUCCUCUCGCUCCUCGUCCUCGCCCGCGCCAAACGACCUCCGCGCCCUCUCCUCCUCCCUCCUCUCCUCCACCUACUCCCUCUAUUCUCACCUGCCCCCCUCGCACAAGACGCACGAGAAGGACUAUGCGCCGGUGUAUGUCUCGCCGAGUGUGAUACCGACUUAUUUGCCCGGAGUGAGGGUGUGGGAGUAUAACGCCACGGAUGAGGGAGGGGAGAUGUGGAGGAAGAUAAGGGAGGAGCAGGAUGCGGAUCUCGAGGAGGACGGGGAGGGGGAGUCAUGGUUGGACCGGGUACGCACGUGGGUCGGACGCCGCGGGAAGAAAGGACGUCGAGGCGGGAAGGGCAAAGGGCGUUCAAAGCGCCCUCCGCGCAAUCCCGACCGCCCUCCCCGUCCACCGCGCCACUCGUCCCCGCACGCACCAACGCGGAAGAACACCUACCUCACGCCGCUUUCGUACACGCAGUACUACCUCUCGCUUGAGGCGCUGGAGGAGGCCAACGCAGCGGCGGCGGAGCGAGCGAGGGGUAACGAGACGGACCAACUCGAGCCGCCAAAGUGGGAGUUGAUGUACACUACGCUGUCGACUACCGAGCUGGCGCGCCGACUCUCGGACGAGUCCACGCGCGACCCGCUCUUCCCUUCGUCCCUCCUCCCACCGCCCAUUCGCACCCUCCUCUCCUCCCCCUCGACCCCUUCCCGCACGCACCGCCUCCGACGAAUGUUGCACUCGCUCAACUUGACGCCUUACGACGGGGUCCUCUCCUCCGGUGAGGGACUGACGGUCAAGGCUUUGCUGAGGGUUGCGAGGUGGGUUACCGAGGGCAAGAAGGGGGGCAAGAGGUGGGAAGCGUUUAGGUGGAGGAUGGGGGUGGGCAGUGGGGAGUUGUAG